CACUCAAACCUUUCGUUCUUCUUAUUACCUAAAUCACCAGAUCCAUGUAUAAAAUAUAAAAAAGACCCCUGAAACCUCAACAACAUCUCUCUAUCUCUACAAUCAACAAGAUCAUAUCAUGUCAUCUCCUAGAGAUAGAGGAAAGAGCUCGAUGGAAUCAUCAGGAUCAGAGCCACCGGUGACACCAAGCCGUUACGAGUCACAGAAGAGACGCGACUGGAACACUUUCGGACAGUACUUGAGGAACCAAAGACCGCCACUGCCGAUGUCUCACUGCAACUGCAACCACGUGCUUGAUUUCCUCAGGUACUUAGACCAGUUCGGUAAGACAAAAGUGCACGUGCCUGGCUGUAUGUUCUACGGUCAGCCUGAGCCACCAGCUCCUUGCACAUGUCCUCUCAGACAAGCUUGGGGAAGUCUCGACGCUUUGAUCGGACGGCUGAGAGCGGCCUACGAGGAGAACGGUGGAUCUCCGGAAACAAACCCUUUCGCUAGUGGAGCAAUAAGGGUUUAUCUCAGGGAGGUUAGGGAGUGUCAGGCCAAAGCUAGAGGGAUUCCUUUCAAAAAGAAGAAGAAGAAGCCAACGACCACGGAGAUGGGUGGUGGAAGAGAGGACUCUUCUUCUUCAUCCGCCUCUCCCUUCGGCUUCUCUUAAGAUUCUCAUGAUCUUGGUGAGACUUUGUGGUAAUACAUUUCUCCAUUAACUAUGCUUUUGUUUGAUUGAAUAUGUGCAUUUGCAUUCAAUUAAAUAUAUGCAUUUAACUUUGUUUCUUGAUCUCUUUACUAGAGACUUAUGAAUCUGUGGUUUCAUUAACUAGCUACAUACCGCAAAUAUAUAUGUUUAUAUAUCGUAGAAUGCUCCAUGUAUCAAAACCCUAAGUGGAGAAAUAGUUAGGCUUUUGAUUUUUGAGAAAGUCUUGAUUAGAUAUAUAUAUUGUAUUGAU